AUAAUUAUAUUUUUAAAGUAAGAACUGGUUGAGGUAAUAUUCUGUCAUCGUUUAAUCUUUUUGACAAGUCAUUCUUCUUUACCUGUCACAAUGUAGAUAUUUCGUCUUUGCACAUAACACAAAAUUCUUGUCGUAAGUUUACUAUUUUCUAUAAUUUUGGUGAUAAAUUUAAAAGUAUGCCGUGGAAGAGAAAAGUAAAAUGUGAUGGAAAAUAGAAAAUCACCAUCAAAUAAGAAGUUAUUACAUAACCAAGAAGAAAACGUUCGUCAAGCAAAGUGUGAUAUCCCCGCCCCUGGCUCGUCCAAAAAACCACUUCUCCUAGACUUAGUGACACUCCUGAAUAAAACAAACCAACAGCCAUUGCAACAGGUUCACGUCACAGUCCAACCACGAAGUCCUGCCAUCAAGACCCUCUUUCUCGCCGAAAAGAGACUAUUCAAUUCAAGAAAGGAAUCAGAGAAAUCUAGGUCUUUACUUGCAAUCGGAGAUCACCUGCCUUUCAGUACUCAUUUUGCUGACACACAUCCGAAUUCUGCCAGACCUAUUGUUGGUGACAAAAAACAGACAAAGAAGCAAGAAAUAUCUGACAAGACCUUUGCUGAAGCGUUCUACCGGCAGGUAGAAGGACCGCCUGAUAAACCUAAUGACGAUAAGCAGAAACUCGGGCCAAAGGAAAAAUGUUUUGUUCAUGUGCACCGCCACGAAAUAAACCAUCACAAUCUGAAGCAAAACUUUAAUAAAAAAUCUAAUUUUGAUAGAAAAAACCGUAAACUUAUAGAUGCCGACUGUUCGUACGAUAGAAACUUAUUUGCCUCAAUAAUCAGGUUGAAUAACAGAGUAGAGUUUUUAAAAAGUUUAGUAAGAACACAAGAAAUGGUCCUAGGUGAUUGCGAUUCUCACAAUUCUCUGUCCUCGUCAGAUGAAGAGUCCAGGGACAACAUGCCUGGUCGUUACUCUGGGCCGGCUCGACCAGGGUGCAGUUACACAGAACAUUACAGUCACAUUCCAGAAACAUCAGCGUUUCAAAGAUAUGCUCAACAAUCAAGCUCAUUAUCACCUAGCAAAGUCGCUACUAUAGAAAAAGAACAUAAUUCAGAGCAAUACAAAAGAGACUUUACAACUUAUGAUGGGCUCACGGCGCGAGGGAGACGGCAGUGCGCCUCUGCGACUUCUAAGAGAGACGAUGUGCCGCAAGCCGCCGAAAGGAUAACCAAGAUACGGCAAAAACUCAACCCGGUACGCGAUUACAGACUGAUGGAUACCGUACAUUACUUAGCGCAGGGCGAGUUCGCUCCACGCAAUGACGGUAUAAAACUAACUCCAUCUCGAGAAGCCGUGCUAAGUGAUAUCAUCUGGGAGGACGUCUGCCGCACACAUUGGCCAUCGGCCCGCUUGGGGCGCCGACACACACAGGAGAGGAAUAACACGAGAAGCGAACUGCAGCGGCUAAUAGACAGUCUGCUCAGAGAGCGUGUGACUCACGUAGAACGCAGACGACGACGCCACUACAGAAUAGUGAAGCACACGCAGCAGAGUUCGGGGCGGGUCGGCAAAACUGGCGAUAUAAUCGUGGCCAGUGGCAAGCACAAACAUCGGGAUGACGACGUACCGAAUGGUCACACUCAUCAUGCCUCUGGCUUGAUGCUUUCUAGUAUUAAGUGGCCCCAGCAUCGAAGUCACAGAAGUGAUGAUCGGUUGACAUCACCUGAGAGACGACGCGUGCAGGAGGAAUGUACACCGGGGCCGAGCUACGCAGUGCCACGGAGCAGACGCGAACCGACCUGCUGCUACCACGCGGCUGGCCCGUCCAGACAAUCAGAAAAAUCAAGAAACAAUUGCGAAUAUACUAAGGAAAGAAAUUCCAGUAGUAGCACUGCUUCGUCAGAGAAACAUAGAAGAAAUCCGCGCUUGAUUGUUAAAAAAGACUCUUCGCGCAAAAAAUACCACGAGAAAGAGCUGAACCUUGAACAUUUUAUUUUACUUCCAACUUUGGUGGUUCGCACGCCCUCUAACGUGAGACGUCAGAAGAAAUUUAAUGAAUUGUAUCAUCGUAUUCUAAAUCAAUUAAGCACUGAGCAAAGCAGCAGAUCUAGAGACCAAACCAACACUAAUUCUCAUUGCAAUUGUAAAAAGGACUCGGUGACAUCAAUGGAUCAUGGAAAAAACAAGUAACACAACUGAAUUAAAAGUAAGAUCUGAACUGUUCAUUCU